UUGCCAUUUUCUUCAGCUCGUGGUCUAUGUUUCUUUUCAUGGGCGUCUCAAGAAAAUCGCUUCGAGACUUCCUGAGCACAACACAUUCGAAGUGUGUUUGUACGUCUUACCUGUUAUUACUGACUACAUUAAUUGGUAGUGUGAAGGGUGGUUCGGUUGCCGUGUUUGGAAAUCGAGGCGGUGGCCAUGGAGAAACAACAGAACGGUGGGGAGUUAUUUCUCCUGGAACUCAAAUCUUCCUCCUUAUCUUGGGCGGCGUACUAUCCUUGUUUGCGCUCUAUGGAUUAUACAGGCUGUACUUGUGGUGCAAGACCAAUCCCAGGAAAGGACAUCAUUGAAAAUUUCCAAACUUCAGCGUCUGAUGAGCUCUCUGAGAGAGCCCUUUUCAUCUCUUCAACGAAUCUUUUUCCAUAACAAUCAGGAGUACAAAAUACUGAUAGUUAUUUAAUUGGAGAAGAUAGGAAAAGAGUAGAAGAUUUCAAUGUCUAUCAAAACUGAUCACUUUGUACGUUACUCGUGACAUCCUUAUUUUUAACAGUUGUAUAAGAUCUUUUCUUUCCAAGUGCCAAAGGCCAGACCUUUCAAAUCCUUGCAGAUAUAAAUGGCCGAAUUUAUUCUUUGUAAAUAUUCCAAAUUACACGAGGUACUUAGACUAUUGAAUAUAUCGUUUGUAAAUAAUGCAGAUGUAUAAAACUACUCAGUUAUUCAAUUUAUUUAUAUACCAAAUUUUUUAUAGUUUUAUUACUUCUGCAGAGAACAAUGUCCAUAAAUAUCCUUGUUAUAAGAAAUGUACGUAGUGUGCUGACAGAAAUCUCUUAUAAUCUGCGAAGCGGACCAAAGUUUAUUUACCUUAAAAUAAAACGUAAGACAGGAAUUCCAAGUUUUGCAUGAUGUCGCCAAUGACUGAUAAAUCUGGUAGUGCACUUCUAUAAACAUGCACAGAUUUUUAAAGCAAUUGAAAUGGCAGUCAGUUAGUGGCUUAAUACAGCUCAAUUUUAUGAUGAUAUGUGAGAUAAGAUAUUUAUUAUCUAUAUAUCUAGAUAUAUAUCUAUAUAACUAUUCUAUAGGCUUAAUAAUGAAUACGAUUUAAAACUCUAAAUUUACAGCAUGUAAAUGUGUUCUUAUAAAGUCUGUAUUGCUUCGGUAAAAUUUAAUUAUCUUAAUUAAAGAGAUUGUAACCUACUACCUAACGGUAUUACCUAAAAUUACUUAUUUAUUGUACUACUUAAAGAGAUUGUCACAUUCUUUGCUUAGCUUGAAAUCUGAAUAGCAUACGCUAUGCUUACAUUUGAAACAACAGAACUUCUCCACUUAUGCUGUUGCUUACACGCACAAGUGUACUAGUAUUCCAUCUGUUUUUGAACUCAAACAAACAUAUCUGAACUGCGUCGCAGCAACUCAUAUGUAAGUAUGUACUCUUGAUAUUUACUCUGCCCCAUUCGGUCAUUGAAACGGAAAUAAUCACUGCAAAAUAGUACACAUUAUAAGGUAAAUAAUUAAGCUUUAAUAUAUACGAUGUUUAAAAUUCUUAACAC